AUGCGGAUACGGGCUGAGCAGCUUGCUGCUGACACACUGAAGCUUCGUGCCGCCGAAGAGCGGGCUGCGGCGCGGGUGGCGGCACUCUACCCCUAUGUCGAUUCGGCGCCGCUGGGGGUUGCCCUGUGGAGCCUCUCCGUGGAGACCGACGAACAGUUCUGCGCGCUCCUGCGGAGCCACGGGGAGGCACUCGAGAAGAAGGCGGGGUCUGUUCGCGAGACGGAGUCUGCGCUGAACGCGCGUGCGCAAGCGAUGGCGAAGGCGUUGCUUGAGGAGGAAGAGGCUCUGGCGACGGCGCUCCCUUUUCUGGGGCGGAGCGUGAAAGGGGUGCCUCUGCGCGAGCUGGCCCUGAUGUCCGACACUGUCUUUGCGGAGCUGGCGGAACGGCACGCGCAGGAGGCGUCCUCUGGCGAUGCGGCAGGGCGUUCGCGCCUCGAGCAGGACAUUCGGGACCAGGCGGGACGCAUAGCGCGCGAGGUGCGGGCGGCCCGGCGGCUCUACGCCGUGCGCGGCGAGGACCUGCUGGAGCGCUACCCGUUUCUUCCGGAGGAGCCGGUGCGUGGAGUUCUGCUCGGCGACGUGCGCCCGGUGCAGCAGCCGCCCUUCCGCGAGCUCUCCAACAGGCUGGACGAGCUGCGCCGGGACCCGGCACGCAACGCGGCAGCGAUACGCACGAUGGAGGAGCAGAUGGCCGCGCUGGUGGUGCGGCUGGCCGAGGAGCGCGCGGAGGCGACGAGGAAGACGCAGGAGCAGUUCCCGUUCCUCCCGCGGCGUGUGCUGGGCGUGCGCCUGGGCGACCUUCCGUUGCACGAGGAUGACAUGCUGGCGCAGCUGGCGCGGCGCCGUUCGCGGCAGCUAAAGUACGCGUCGAACGUAAAGGAUGUCAAUCACACGGAGGAGGAGAUGGUGAAGCGCGCAGAGGAGCUGGCCCGCUCCGCAAAGCUCGUGGAGGCGCACCGCAUGAAAGCGAACGAGUACGUGCGCGCCCGCAACCCGUUCCUUGUGUACGAGGACCGCAAGUGUGUCCCCCUAAGUGAGAUACCGCUCGCCGGCGAUGCCGUGUACCAGGGCCUGUUCCGCGAGCACCUGGCUGCGCUGGCGGACGCAGAGGCGAAUGCGGCGCAGAUAACCGGGCUGGAGGACGCGCUUCGGUCGCGUGCAGAUGAGCUGGCGCUGGGUGAAUGCGAGAAAGAGUCGCAGCUGACGAUGUACUCAUUCCUUGGGACCCACAAUGUCCCUGGCUGGUCCGACGCGCUACUGCGGGACGUGGAGUUCCAGCAGCUGCGUAACCGUUACGACGAGCUCAGCAAAGACCCUCAGGGGAACGCCAAGGCACUGCGCGAGCUGGAGGAUGCAAUGGAUGCCCGAGGUAGAGCCGUGGCGGAGGAGUUGCGCACUGCUGAGGCGGGUGAGGCCGCAGGGCAGCCGCUGCACGCGACGCACGCUGGCGUAUCCCCGGUCUUGGGGCACAUGAAGACGUGCUGGCGGAUGCCGCGCGGAGGGGUGCGGCUCCUCCUGGUGGCGCCGUACGGGAACUGGAGACCACCGCCAAGAGCGGCCGGAGACGCUCCCGGCCGUCCGUCUCGUAUGCGAAUGCCGCCGAGGUGGGGGACGAGGCCCCUGGAAGGCGCUAUGACUUCCUGCCCGAUGUGA